AUGAGUGUUUUUCGUCCGUUUCUCAUUGAUUAUUUCUGGUUUAUCUUCUCAGAUGAGGAGCAAAGUGGCUUAGGACCUGUUGCACACGGUCUAUUAAUUAGCACCGUCGCCACGGCCUCCGCUCGGUGGAGAGAACUGCCGCAUUCUUCCGCUGGAUCUGCUUCUGCUUCCGUUACUGAACAAAGCGCUCCGUCGCACGAAUCAGGAUCGGAAACCAUGAGCAGCUCCGAAGAGGUGUCAUGGAUCACCUGGUUUUGUGGACUGAGGGGAAACGAAUUCUUCUGCGAGGUUGACGAAGAAUAUAUUCAAGAUCGUUUCAAUCUCACUGGCCUUAAUGAGCAGGUGCCAAAGUACCGUCAGGCUCUCGAUAUGAUUCUGGAUUUAGAACCAGAAGAUGACAUGGAGGACAACCCUACAAACACUGAUCUUGUAGAACAAGCAGCGGAAAUGCUAUACGGGUUAAUUCACGCCAGAUAUAUUUUGACCAAUAGGGGAAUCGGACAGAUGGUUGAGAAAUGGCGUGACCACGAUUUUGGCGUAUGUCCUCGAGUGUACUGUGAAAACCAAGCUAUGUUACCUAUUGGGCUUUCCGAUGUUCCUGGAGAAGCGAUGGUGAAACUUUAUUGCCCUCGUUGUUGUGACGUAUUUAUACCUCGUUCCUCACGUCACCAGCACACGGACGGCAGUUAUUUUGGUACCGGCUUUCCACACAUGUUGUUCUUUGUUCAUCCAGAGCUCCGCCCGCGUAAACCAGCUACUCAAUUUAUACCAAGACUGUAUGGUUUCAAAAUUCAUCCCUUAGCAUACAACUUGCAGUAUCAACAAUCACCACAGCAAUCGAACAACGGACCACCUAUUGAAAAAGCAGGACAACAAUUCGCGAAUGCGUACGGGCUCUGA